UACAAAUAAUAAUAUACGUAACCAUUUUAUGUGCUCUCAAAAUCUUUCCUUCUCCAAAUUUGAUCGAACCCUAUUAAAAGAUUUCUUAUCCACCGUUCUUGAAAAAGGAAUCAUGGGCUUUUCUUACGGCGGGACCGGAGUUAUCAUCGCCGGAGUAAUUCUGAUUGAUUUUGUGAGAGCGGUUUGUUCAUUUCUUGAUCCAACUCGUUUAUUUGGUGUUUACUCGUCGGAAAACAAGAUUCCCAUAGACGAUAUGCUUCCGGCGACAAAAGUCGAAGAGAUAUCACGGGUGAAUUCGCCGGAGAGUUGCCGGAUAUGUCAAGAUGAGUUCGACGGCGAUGACGAAGUCCGGUGUUUGAGGAAUUGCGUACAUGUUUUUCACAAGAGCUGUAUCGACCGUUGGAUCCAUGACGAUAAAAUGACGUGUCCUUUGUGUAGGACCCCAAUCAUCCCUGAUUUCUAUUUUCUUCGCUUGUAA